CCCUGGGGAGGGGGGGGGGUCUCUGUUCCCCCACCCUGAAGCCACAAGGCCAGGCCAAGCCCUCCCUGCCGCUCAGAUGGGGAAACUGAGGUCCCGGGUCUGCUGGAGACUUCCCAGAGCAAGGAGGCCGCUGUGAUUCUGACGCGGGUCCCCCCAGGCCCAGGAUGGAACCCCCUCCUUUCUGAUCGGGAGGGGGCCUGGCCAAGGCCCUCCAGGCUGGGAAGGCUGGGCGCCAGAGGCCCAGCCCCGCGAUGGGAGAAGGAAGAAGCAGGCGCCCGCGGAGGUAGUGGGGCGCCCGUCUCAGAGGUGUCACGCCAGCCCCCCUGGCCCUCGCCAUGCGGACCCCGCGAGCGCCCCCUCCCCGCCUGGCCCUGCUGCUGCUGCUGCUCCUGGGGGUGGCCCACGGCCUCUUCCCGGAGGAACCUCCGCCCCUCAGCGUGGCCCCCCGGGAUUAUCUGAGCCACUACCCCGUGUUCGUGGGCAGCGGGCCGGGGCGCCUGACCCCCGCCGAGGGCGCCGACGACCUCAACAUCCAGCGGGUGCUGCGCGUGAACAGGACGCUGUUUAUUGGGGACAGAGACAACCUGUACCGGGUGGAGCUCGAGCCCCCCACUUCCACGGAGCUGCGGUACCAGCGGAAGCUGACCUGGCGUUCCAACCCUAACGACAUCGACGUGUGCAGAAUGAAGGGCAAGCAGGAGGGCGAGUGCAGGAACUUUGUGAAGGUGCUGCUGCUCCGGGAUGAGUCCACGCUAUUCGUGUGCGGCUCCAACGCCUUCAAUCCCGUGUGUGCCAAUUACAGUAUGGACACACUGCAGCCUCUGGGGGACAACAUCAGCGGUAUGGCCCGGUGCCCAUAUGACCCCAAGCACGCCAAUGUUGCCCUCUUCUCAGAUGGAAUGCUUUUCUCAGCCACGGUGACCGACUUCCUAGCCAUCGAUGCUGUCAUCUACCGCAGCCUUGGGGACCGGCCCACCCUGCGCACUGUAAAACACGACUCCAAGUGGUUCAAAGAGCCCUACUUUGUCCACGCGGUGGAGUGGGGCAGCCAUGUCUACUUCUUCUUCCGGGAAAUCGCCAUGGAGUUUAACUACCUGGAAAAGGUGGUGGUGUCCCGCGUGGCCCGAGUGUGCAAGAACGAUGUGGGGGGCUCCCCGCGUGUGCUAGAGAAGCAGUGGACGUCGUUCCUGAAGGCGCGGCUCAACUGCUCCGUGCCAGGGGACUCCCACUUCUACUUCAACGUGCUGCAGGCUGUGACCGGAGUGGUCAGCCUGGGGGGCCGGCCUGUCAUCCUAGCUGUCUUCUCUACUCCCAGCAACAGCAUCCCGGGCUCCGCGGUCUGUGCCUUCGACAUGACCCAGGUGGCCGCGGUGUUUGAAGGCCGCUUCCGCGAGCAGAAGUCCCCAGAGUCCAUCUGGACGCCGGUGCCAGAAGAGCAGGUGCCCAGGCCGAGGCCCGGCUGCUGCGCGGCGCCCGGCUCGCAGUACAACGCGUCCAGCGCGCUGCCCGACGACAUCCUCAACUUCGUCAAGACGCACCCGCUGAUGGACGAGGCGGUGCCUUCGCUGGGCCACGCCCCCUGGAUCGUGCGCACUCUGAUGCGGCAUCCGCUCACCCGGGUGGCCGUGGACGUGGGCGCCGGGCCCUGGGGCAACCAGACGGUGGUCUUCCUGGGCUCUGAGGUAGGCACUGUCCUCAAGUUCCUCGUCCGGCCCAACGCCAGCCACUCGGGGACCGCGGGACCCAGUGUCUUGUUGGAGGAGUUUGAGACCUACCGGCCGGACAGGUGCGGACGACCCGGCAGCAGUGGAGAGACGGGGCAGCGCCUGCUGAGCCUGGAGCUGGACGCGGCCUCGGGCGGCCUGCUGGCGGCCUUCCCUCGCUGCGUGGUGCGCGUGCCUGUGGCCCGCUGUCAGCAGUACUCAGGGUGCAUGAAGAACUGUAUCGGCAGCCAGGACCCCUACUGUGGAUGGGCCCCGGACGGCUCUUGCAUUUUCCUCAGUCCAGGAACCAGAGCCACCUUUGAGCAGGACGUGUCCGGGGCCAGCACAUCAGGUUUAGGGGAUUGCACAGGACUGCUGCGCGCCAGCCUGUCGGAGGAGCGCGCGGGGCUGGUGUCGGUGAACCUGCUGGUGACGUCGUCGGUGGCGGCGUUCGUGGUGGGCGCCGUGGUGUCGGGCUUCAGCGUGGGCUGGUUCGUGGGGCUGCGCGAGCGGCGCGAGCUGGCGCGGCGCAAGGACAAGGAGGCCAUCCUGGCGCACGGCGGCGGCGAGGCGGUGCUGAGCGUGAGCCGCCUGGGCGAGCGGCGGGCGGCGGGCGGCGGGGGCCGCGGCGGGGCCGGCGGCGGGCCGGGGGUGCCCCCCGAGGCCCUGCUGGCGCCCCUCAUGCAGAACGGCUGGGCCAAGGCCACGCUGCUGCAGGGGGGCCCGCACGACCUGGACACGGGGCUGCUGCCCACGCCCGAGCAGACGCCGCUGCCGCAGAAGCGCCUGCCCACCCCGCACCCGCACCCGCACGCGCUGGGGCCCCGCGCCUGGGACCUGGCCCACCCCCUGCUCCCCGCCUCCGCCUCGUCCUCGCUGCUGCUGCUGCUGGCUCCGGCCCGGGCCCCCGAGCAGCCCCCCGCGUCCGCCGAGCCGGGCCCCGACGGCCGCCUGGGCGGCCCCCGAUCGGGCCGCGCGUCCCACGGGGGCGACUUCCCGCUCACGCCGCACCCCAGCCCGGACCGCCGGCGGGUGGUGUCGGCGCCCACCGGGCCCUUGGACCCAGCCUCGGCCGGCGACGGCCUGGCGCGGCCCUGGAGCCCCCCGCCCACCGGCAGCCUGCGGAGACCCGGGCCGCCGGGGCCCCCGGCCGCCGCCCUGCGCCGCACGCACACGUUCAACAGCGGCGAGGGCCGGCCCGGGGACCGCCACCGCCGCCCGCACGCGCGGCCCAGCACGGACCUGGCCCACCUCCUCCCCUAUGGGGCGGGGGACCGGACUGCGCCCCCCGGGCCCUAAGGCGGGGCGCCCCCCCACCCCAACCCCCGUGCCUCUGCGGUGCCAACCCGGGAGCCGGAGGGGGCGCCCGGCGGCCCGGCCACCCGCGUGGGGGGCGCCCCCACCCCGGCCACGCGCAA